AGUGUGAGAGAGGUUGAACAUGGUUUGUUUGUUGUUGUUAUCUAACUAGUAGCUAGUGAAAGCUAAAUAUAUGUGUGUGGGUCACGUGGGUUAGGGCUUGUGUAGUAGCUCCAACACCCCCCCAUGCUACGCAGGCCAGUUAACCCACGCAGCCAAAAGUACCCAAAUCAUUCAAAUAUGCAAUAAAAAUUAAUUACAAAAUGUAGAGUCUAGUUUCCUCAUAAGGACUAGCUCCAUACAUGAAAAAACAUAAAAAACAUGCAAGAAAAAACGCUCAAAUCCGUCCUUCCUGUAUCUGUAUUACCCCCCCAGUCAUCCGAACACUGCAGGGUCUCACUUCUCAUAUUUUUGUCAUUUUAUUGUUAUUGUUAUCGUGGUUAUCAUAUAGGCACACUCGGUGGCCUGGUUAUCAUGGGUUAUCGUGGUUAUCAUAUAGGCACACUCGGUGGCCUGGUUAUCAUGGGUUAUCGUGGUUAUCAUAUAGGCACACUCGGUGGCCUGGUUAUCGUGGGUUAUCAUGGUUAUCAUAUAGGCACACUCGGUGGCCUGGUUAUCGUGGGUUAUCGUGGUUAUCAUAUAGGCACUCGGUGGCCUGGUUAUCAUGGGUUAUCGUGGUUAUCAUAUAGGCACUCGGUGGCCUGGUUAUCGUGGGGUAUCAUCUUUAUCCUGGGUUAUCAUAUGGGCAUUCAACAGCCCGGGUAUCAUGGUUAUCGGUAUCAUGGUUAUCGGUAUCAUGGUUAUCGGUAUCUCCAUCAUUUUGGCGUCGAUAUUGGCGGUUUCAUUGCAGUCUGUCAUAUCUUCGCGUUCUGGAGGAUUAUCUUGGGCUUGAUUAUUGCGUCGUCUUCGCGCGGUUAUUGGUGUUGGAAAGAAUCCAGCUAUCUGAUUCUCUGGAGUCUCUUCGCGGUUGAUCGAUCUCGUAUUGACAGGCAUUUGGUAUGGGGCGCGACGAGACGCUGGUUUCGCCGCCAUCGCAAUGGUAUAGCUAUUGGAGUUGGCGUUGUUGGAGCGGGAUAUCUGGCCGGCCAAUAUGUUCUAUCGAAGAUCUCGGAGAGCAGGGAGCGCAUGAGUAGUGAGCGGAUUGCCCGAGAGAAUCUGCGAAGGAGAUUUGAACAAAACCAGACGGACUGCACUUUUACAGUGCUUGCCUUGCUCCCGACGGCGGCGGAGAAUAUUCUUGAAGCUCUACCCGUGGAGGAGUUGACAAAGGAGUUGCAACAGAAGAAGGCUGAACGGCUUGCAAAACUAAAUGCUGGCGAGAUUACGGGCUCAGAUAUUAGUAGCUUAGGUGCCCAGAGUGCGACGGAGGACGAUGGGCGGAGCCUUUCGAGCUUACGGAGUGAGGGGUACGUGCAUACCAGCCAGGUUGCGGAUAGCUCUUCGGGACUGGAGACUCCUAAAUCGAAGAGCAGGACACAGUUGUGGAAUGAUCUGAAGAUAAAUUCUUUGACGAGAUCCUUUACUCUGAUAUACACACUUUCCCUCCUCACCCUCCUCACGCGCAUCCAACUCAACCUCCUCGGCAGACGAAAUUACCUCUCGAGCGUGGUAUCGCUUGCCUCUCCUCCGCAGAAUCAGUCAACAAUCAAUCUUGAGGACCACGACGAUGAAGGUAUUGGACAUGCAUUUGGCAAUGACUUUGAAACCAACCGUCGUUAUCUUACAUUCAGCUGGUGGUUGCUACAUCGCGGCUGGCGACAGCUGAUGGAAAAGGUCAAGGAAGCUGUAGAGGAGGUGUUUGGACCAGUAAAUCCACGAGUGGAUAUCACGCAAGAAAGGCUGUCCGAAUUGACGCUCGCUGUGCGGAAGAAGGUUGAAGGUGCCACGGAAGAAGAGCGGAGAUCGACGAAAUGGCUAUCAUACCUUCUCCCCUCGCGGGACCAGGAAGAUUACGUUCUCAAGGAAUCUGGCGUCCUCUCUGCCUCAGAAACCUCAUCUCUCCAAAAUCCUUCCAGCCUCCGCCAUCUCCUAGACGAGACCUCCGACCUCAUCGACUCCCCGCAAUUCACCCAAAUCCUUACCCUCCUCAACAACGAAGCCUUCUCCGCAUUAAUCGAUAACAAAUGUGCCAUCGAAGCCUUCAAAAGCACCACCCCUGCCCAUCAGACCCCAACUGCCCAAGAAGGCCAACAACAAGAACCACAAAACUUCUCCUCAUCCGUAACCCUCACCCAAACCACAUACGACUCCACAUCUACCCCCGUCUCCAAAGCCAAACUCGCAACCAUCCUAGCGGUAAUCGCCCGCCAAGCACACGUCAUCGGAAACGGUACCGAGCCCCCCAACGACUACAUCACAGCCAUGGAACAAGGCGUACGCGAACUCGAAGCCUUCGCCGCAGUCGUAUACAGCAGCAACUUCUUUGACGCGAAACUACCUAUCCCCGGCUCGAACCCGGAGGGUGGGGCGUGCCCUGAUGAACCGUCGUCGAUGGCUACGACUCACAUUACUAAUGCCACCAAUGACGAUGCGCCGUCGUGGCGUAAUUCGCCUGGUUUCGCUGCGACAGCUGAGGUGGGCGGGUUGGGUGAAGGCAAGGAGGAGGUGAUGGAGGUAGGGGCCGAGGAGAGUAUCGUUGACCUGGGAGCCCAGCCUUCAGGCGAUCAUGGUGCUACUACCCCGAGUUUUGAGAAGGUUUGGGGGAAAGCAGUUGAGGAGCAGCAGCAGCAGCAGCAACAGCAACAGCAGCAACAGCAGCAACAGCAGGAGGAGGAGUGUUCUUCGUGACAUGCUAUGUUAUAUUUAUCCAGUAUUAUUAUUAUUAUUAUUAUUAUCUAUUUCUACUUUAUAUUAUUGGGUACAAUUCUAUCAUUCUUUUUUCUACUACAUAUCUUGGAUUUUCUUUCUUUCUUUCUUUCUUUCUUUUUUUUUUCGCGCUUUUAGCUUGAUCAUUCACAACCCCCGGAUUAAUAGUAAAUCUAUUAGAUUUCGCCAUGUGCUUUUAUGCUUUUAUUGUGUGUGCUGCAUAUGCACUUGUUUCUCAUCCACUGCUCAUACCCUAUAGACAACCUUAAGGUAUGUGUGUGUGUGAUUUUGUUUUUUCUUGUACCUAGUGUGAACCGGGCUACGACUCUCCCUGCACUGAACGCACCCGAGCAAGGUCUAAAACCCCCUUCUAGGAGACUUGGCUUGCACAAGCUCAGAAUAAAUACUGUACAUAUUGGAACGACUAAUCCUCGGAGUGUUGUCCCUCUUCUUCUUAAGCGUACAGAGUGCAUUUUAACGUGAGAGGUUCACGUUCGGGAUACCUGACUUUGGUGGAAAUAUACCGUGUGUAUAGUGACUUUGUAUCGGCGUAUGGGGGUGGGGUGGUCUAGAGAGGGAAGUGAGAGUCGGAGGUGAGGAUCACGAUCCUUUUCUGGCCGGUUGGUUUGGUAUUUCUCAUACUUCUACUCCGUGUAUAUGCAUCACGAGAUUGUGUUAACAUUAUAAGUAAUGCGAUUCGCAUGUCAUUGCCAGGCAUUUCUUCAUGGACAAUUGCAAAGAAGCUGAGUAGUUAGCACAGGAGCAAUGGCAAAUUCAGAAUCAGCGCCAUUUAGAGAUGGGGCGGGAAUGAUCAGCAUCGAUAUAUCCGUAAAUCC